GCACCACUAUUAACAGGUUUAGUAUCCACAAUUAUAAACCAUUUCAAACCUUCUCAUGCAUCCAAAUGAACAAAAUAGAUGAGACAUUUAUAUACCGCAGACUAAGUGACAUCAUUUAUUCAAAUAUUGUCGUUGUUAGUUAUGGAUUUACAUUCGUGUGCAGAUACUGUGUAAGAUGGAUGCAACGAAACGAGUUGUGCUUAUAACAGGCAGUGCGACUGGUAUAGGUGCCGGAACUGCUAAAGGAUUUGCAAAGGAAGGAGCGUCAUUGUGCAUCACUGGGUUACCAUCCCAGAAAGAUGAAUUGGCAGAAGUUGCAAAAGUUUGCAAAGAAAAUGGAUCUCCGCAUGUAUUGGAAGUAGCAGCUGAUCUGAGAAAACAAGAAGAUAUGGAUUUGUUGAUGAAUGAAACGAUCAAAACGUUUGGACAACUUGAUGUCUUGGUUAACAACGCUGGAAUUCAAGUGUACGGCGAUAUAGAGCAGUACACAAGUGAGGAGUUUGACAAUGUUUUUAGCGUCAAUGUUAAAGCGCCGAUUUAUCUAACCAAGCUUGCUAAGCCUCAUCUCAGCAAAACUAAAGGCAACAUUGUCAACUUAUGCAGUGUAGUAAGAAACUGGUAUCUUCCAAAGUUUAUUGUUUACGGGAUGUCUAAAGCGGCAAUUGAAUAUCUGACAAAAACCACGGCUGCAGAUUUUGCCGAGAUUGGAGUACGAUGUAACGCCGCAUGCCCCGGAAUGGUUCUUGAAACUGACAUAUUGGUUAACGUUCUGCCAGAGGAGGUCCAACAGCAGUUUCGGGAAGAUUGUUCAACCAAAUUAAGGGGACGUACAACAACCAAAAGUGAAGUUUCGGAUCUCAUAGGGUUCCUUGCUUCAGAUAAGGCGACCAUGAUCACUGGAGAGUUGAUUACUAUUGACGGUGGAAAGAUGCUUUCAUUAACCGCAUAAUGCUACAUUACGUGAUUUAAAUAAAUAAAACAAUUCAAACUUU